CUCCAUCCCAGUUUCUACUGUCGCACAAUCUGUCAGAGCCCUAACAUUUCCUCUCCCUUUUCUGUGCUGGUAAAGGGCUUUUCCAAUUGCUGUCUAAAGAAGAGAGCGGACAGAGUGCUUCAGGAGCGACUGAAAGAAAAGGGGCUGAGAAGCGAGCAGCCCCUCCUCACAAGAUCUGAGGAGAAGCGUCCUGUGUUUGCCAGACCCUGCAGGCUGAAGUCAUGAUUUUGGGGAGCAUUAACAGAGGGGGUAGCCUCCCCACCCUGCUCCGUCCUCCUCCAGCCAUAGUACAGCGUCAUCUGGAUAUGAAGCCUUUCCUCUCAUUUCCUAUGGAACCACAGCCUGCCUUGGGUCUCUUCCCCAGAUUCAGCACGAUGGACCCCAUCCACAAACCUGUGAUCAGCCCUCACUUUGGUAUCCCACUGAUGAAGACAAAACGGCCAGUUAUUUCCUGCAACGUGUGUCAGAUCCGCUUUAAUUCGGAGAGUCAAGCAGAGGCACAUUAUAAAGGGAAUCGACACGCUCGAAGAGUCAAAGGGAUUGAGAAUGCCAAAACCCGACAGAAAGAGGGAGGACAAGAUGGAGACAGAAACACACCAAUGAUCAGCCCUGUGCCCAGCGCCAGCGAGAGUGAUACAGACAGCAAAGAUCAACAAGGGAUGGACAGCACAGAGUUACUUCCUGCAGAGAGUCCAGAGACCAUGGUCACACAAGAAAACACUGUUUCAGCUGGACCUGAAUAUACACAGUCCCCAUCUGAGACAGCCGUAGGUGACGCAAAAUUACUUUCCUCUUCUACUUCUGCCAAUGGUGGAACAAGUACAACUACUACAGAGAGUGAUGAUGAGAGAGUCAAGAAAGUACUGUACUGUGCCCUCUGCAAAAUAUCAGUAAACUCCUUGUCACAACUGGAGGCCCAUAACAAAGGUACAAAGCACAAAACUAUCCUUGAAGCGCGAAGUGGUCUUGGUCCAAUAAAGGCUUACCCACGACUUGGGGGGCUGACAAAUGGGUCUACUGGAUCUCCAGACUCCAACACACAGGAAAGAACUUUUCACUGUGAGAUCUGUAAUGUCAGAGUCACCUCUGAAGGGCAGCUCAAGCAGCACAUCUCAAGCCGGAGACAUCGUGAUGGAGUAUCAGGGAAGCCCAAUCCUCUACUAAGCAGGCAUAAGAAACAGCAAUGUCUACAGGAGCUUACGGCCAGUCUGAUGUUCCCUAAGGACUUUUCAAAAACAUUAUCUGCAGGUCUUCUUCCCAGUCCUUUGGCAGUUGCAAUGGCUGCCGCUGCUGUGUCCUCUCCAUUGAGCCUACGUCCAGCCGCCACUCCUCCCCUUCUACAAGCUCCACCAUUGACACACCACUUACUACGACCAGCUCCUGGGCCCAUCAGAACUGCACAUGGGACUAUACUUUUCUCCCCUUAUUGAGGAGAAGCUGUCUACCUUCACAAUGUAACACUAAUCCACUGAAACAUAAGCCUGCACUAAGAGAACAAGGACAGGAUUUAACCAGCUGCCUCUUGCUCAGUAUCUUCCCGUCCCUCAAAAAUAUAUAUUGAAACUGGAAUAUUCUGCACACUUAUGGACACUGCUUUCCCAGGACACAUGCAGCAAAAGAACCACUGUGGAAUUUUUUAAGGAUAUUACUGACUGGGUUAAGAGCUGAGAACAGUGAAUAAACCUGCCACGAGAAAGAGACAGGUGGCUCAGGGUCUAUUUUAGGGAACUGAGACUUGUGUUAAAUGGGUGCACAGCUGGGAAUAGCAAUAGUUUGGGUAUUUUUUUUCUUUGGUCCUUCGUGGAUCAAUCUAAAUAACUCAGUGGACUGUGACUGAGAGGAAACACUGGGUCCCAUAUAAACUAAUUCUGGAGUGUAUGAGGGGGCAUUUUAAUGCUGCUGUGUUUAAAGAAGCCCUUUUCUUUUGCAAAAAGGAGGAAGAAAGUCAGUAAUGCUGUCUGGCCAUCCAUGUGCUUUUUUAACUGCCUGAUCUACUCAUACACUCAUAAGUUUAGAUGUCCUUUUUUCCAAUAACUUCAGGGAAAAGCAUAUGUUCUUGAUUUACAAUCACAAACUCACAUUACGUUUUCAUUACUUUGAUGAUUUUGGGUGUAUUCUAACCACUGGGGAAAAAAAACAUUGUCUAUAUACUGUAAAUGUACAAUAGUAGUGAGAUUUUCCUAUGCAGUUCUUGCUUGAACCACAGGGUGUCUACACUGAAGAAAUUAGCCAUAGCUUUGUAUUUGUUUAACUCAGACUUUUUCAGUGGUGCAGUCUACAUAAGAAAAUAGGUAACAUGCUCCUGUCCAGUUGCAUUGGAACUACAUGCAUGGCCUAUGAGCAUUUAUUUGGCCAGGAAUGCUGGAACGUAAUGUUCACCACCAGCUGAAGAGCCACAUGGUACCUAAAUUUGUUUGAAACUGUAUAUUUUUCUUCUCCUUAUUUCAUUGUGCCCCCUACAGGGACCAGGUAUAGCUAGAGCAUUUUCUAUAUAUAGAUAUACUGUAUUUUGUUGUUUCUUCAUUGGUUACUCACCUUCACAAAAAAUAGCAAAUACGUCUGGUGGGUUAACUGAUAAUAGAUUGGAGCAAUGUGCAAAUAGGGGUACAAUCAGUAAGCUAGAAUGUCUUCACACAUCGGGUUAUGUUCACACUUUGUUUUUCCAACAUUCAGGGACAUUCUUCCAUCUUAUACGCAAAAUCUGUCCAAAUGGUAUAAUGUGCCUGACAUAUGCCAAAGGAGUGUGGUAUAUGUUAUUUAUGCAACUGUAUGAAGUGCAGUUACAUGUAUCAAUUCAGUACCAUGGGAUUUGGCAUAUAUGUAAGAAUUAUUUCCCAGUGCAUGAUGCAUGAUGAACAUAGGGAAAAAAUGGGGUGUGAAUACAGCCUUAGGCUGCUUUCACACUAUAAAAAUACCUCAGUUAUAAAUGGUUAUAAAAACCCUGGAAAUCGGCCGUUUAGAAAAAUCCCAUAGACUAUAAUGGGAUUUUCUAACGGCCCACAGGGAUUUUCUAACGGCCAUUUAACGGCCGAUUUUCAAGAUUUUUAUGACGGACGUUCAUUACGGAUGAAUUUUUAUAGUGUGAAAGGGGCCUUAGUGUCUAGACAGGAAACAAACCAUAUGGAUAAUAUAAAAGGCGGAAUAGCACUUUCGAAACAAUUGAAAAUAGAUCGGACCAUAAUGCACUCAUCUUACCUUUGCUUAUGCCCCUUGCAGCAGAAACUUUCCUUAUGUUUUAGAUGGCAGGAUAGAGCAAGGAACCUUGUGUUUUCUUUGCCCAGUGCACCUGCUUCUAGAAUGAGGUACAUCAACCACUUAUGGAACUACUUGCACAAACUGUUUGUCGUCUAUGAAAGAGGCUUGUGUACUUUGACAAUCGUUUUAUUUAUUUGAUAGAUGAAAUUUUCCUAAAGACUAUGCAAUUGUUUUUGUGCUACAUAUGUCAUUUUUUGUCCCUAUACCUUACAUUUAUGUAUUUGUACUUCAUUUCCCAGCUGCCUGUAUGAGUUAACAUAAGCAGUGGGAAAAGUGAAAAUGUGGCAUUAGUCUUAAAAAAACAAAAACAUAAAAAACAUGUAUAAUAAACAAGCACGCAAUUAUAGGCUGCUCGGGAAGUAAGUAGUAUGAAACAGACUUACGUAGCAAUAAUCUAGGGAUAAGAGGAAGCCAUUGGGUGACCAUUGACAUGCAGCCAUUAAGAAGCCAAAGAGCUCACAAUGUUAGAACCAUUGCACAAUCAUAAUAACCCUGGAAAAAUAUGUAUACAUAUGAAAUAGCUGUCUUAAUAAAUUCUAAUUCGUCUACUUGCGUUGAGCUCUUAGUUUUGAUUUAACGAGAAGCUCUGAUCAUGAUCAUGCCUCUCCAAAGGUUUACUCUAUGUACUGUACAUGUAUUCACCCAUCAAACCUGCAUGGAAUCACUCAUUGUCAACCGAGUUUCAGACUGGAGUACUGUAAUAGUUAAUAGACAUUCUGUAAGUAAGUCUCUUGUGAGGAAUAGUUUUCAGUCAUCCCUAAUAUUUGACCUUUGUACCCUAAGACUGUAGCAACAGUGGCUUCUUUUAUACACCUUUCUGUCUCUUCCUUCAUUCAACCAGAAAGCUGAAGCCAGUAAUAAAGGUAAAACCCAGGCAAAUAAUAAUAGUUCGCAUUGGCCCAAUAUAGGUUACAAAAAAUAAAAAACAGUGUUUACAUAUUUAUUUUUAAGGAUGUUUUUAUCAUUUGUAUGCCUUUUUUUUUUUUUUUUGGAAACUGCUGCCCCAUAUUUUAUAUUUUAGAGAAAACAGUAGCAGUUUCCCAAACUUUUCUCCCUUAGUCAUUGUCAGU